CACGACCUGUCACUCAAUCCCCCACUCCGCAUCACUGGAACCAAGAUGGCGACGGAGGGGGCUUACGAGUCCAUCCUGUGCGUAAAGCCAGAUGUCAACGUGUAUCGCAUCCCCCCGCGGGCCACAAACCGAGGCUACAGAGCGGCCGACUGGAAGCUGGACAGCCCUGAUUGGUCGGGGCGGUUGAGGAUCACGGCCAAGGGGAACGAGGCGUACAUCAAGCUGGAGGACAAGGUCUCCGGGGAGCUGUUCGCCCAGGCGCCCGUGCAGGAGUUCCCUGGCAUCACCGUGGAAACCGUCAGCGACUCCAGCCGCUACUUUGUGCUGCGAAUUCAAGACGACAAUGGUCGCAGUGCCUUCAUCGGGGUGGGGUUCGGGGAUCGCGGCGACGCCUUCGACUUCAACGUGGCGUUGCAGGACCACUUCAAGGGGCUGAAGCAGGAGGAGGAGCUGAGCAGGAAGGCCCAGAGUGGAGACCCCGGCCCCAAGCUGGACCUGGGCUUCAAGGAGGGCCAGACCAUCACCCUGAACAUCGGGCAAGGCAAGAAGAGGGACAAGCCCCGCCCCCUGAGCUCUGGUGGGUUUGGGCUCCUCCCACCUCCCCCGGGAGGAAAGAUUGUCCCGCCUCCUUCCCCUGGAAUAUCCAAUCACAACACAAUUCCAGAGACGGGAGGCUCUGUAACAGCUCCCUGGCCUCAGCUCCUCCACCCGGGACUCCUCCACCUCCACGGACUGGAUUCAGUUCUGAACCACUCCACACCUCCUUCACCUCGCUCCACCCCUCUCCUCGAGGACAUUAGGUCGCCUCCUCCUCCUUCCCCUCCACCCAAACCGACCACAGAGUUCUGCAACCUUCUGCCCCUCCAUCCUAAACUACAGAAAAAGGUUCUAAAACUACAGAGGAAUGUUCUAACACUGCAGAUGAAUGUUCCAGAAGCUCAGAAGAAUGUUCCUGAACCAGAAGAGAUGAAGCUCAGGGUUCUCCAGAGUUCUGGCCUGAAGGAGACGAGGCUAGGACAACAUCUAAGGGCUAGAGAAUACUGUGUGUGUGUGUGUGUGUGUGUGUGUGUGUGUGUGUGUGUGUGUGUGUGUGUGUGUGUGUGUGUGUGUGUGUGUGUGAUGAAUCUAAUGCUUGAUGCUAUCUUUUAAUAUAUUGGUCACUCAAGUGUGUUAUGAAUACGAUUUUGAAAUGUUUAUUAUAAGGUCUGGUAAUGUUUCUCUGAUGAGCUACAUGUGUAAAGCUGAAAUUAUCCGUCCCAAUAUAAUAAUUAUCCAUUUAAACA